AUGCUUUCCGAUCCAGACUCCAUCGAUAUCCCCAAGUCCUAUGAGACUGUUUCACUGACAGAUGUCAAUGUAUCUCACUAUCCCAUCGGAGCUUCUGAGGCCACGCCGGUUGUGGUGGUGACCUUGAACCGCCCGGGCAAGAAUAAUGCCUUUACUCUCGAGAUGAUGCAUGCCUUUGAGAAGAUAUACGCCAUGUUCGACGUCGAUGAGCGGGUCAAAGUCGUUGUCCUUACGGGUGCAGGUAAAAUGUUCUGCGCCGGAGCAGAUUUGGAGCGAGGAUUUAGCGGAUUGGAGAAAGAGCGAAACAAAGACCACCGCGACAGCGGAGGUCGUCUGACUCUAGCCAUACACCGCUGUCGCAAGCCUACGAUCGCUGCUCUACAGGGAUCAGCAGUUGGUCUGGGAAUGACGAUGACCCUGCCAGCCGCCAUACGCGUUGGCUGCCAAAAAUCGAAAUACGGAUUCGUUUUUCCCCGGCGAGGCUUGACAAUGGAGUCAAGCUCUUCAUUCUUUCUCCCUCGAUUGAUAGGAUUUUCGAAUGCGCUUUAUCUGCUCACCACUGGCGGCACCUUUCCCCCCAACUCCCCGCAUUUUGGGACACUGUUCCAGGAGACGUACCCCGAGCCUGAGCAAGUGGUCUCUCGUGCCUUAGAGCUUGCGAAAGAGAUCGCCGAGAAUGUCAGCCCUAUGGCAUCCUAUCUAUCUCGGGAGCUUAUGUGGCGAAACCCAGGGACAGCGGAGGAGACACACCUUGUUGACUCUGCUGUACUGUAUCAUAUGUUUAGUGCAAGAGACUCCAUGGAAGGCGUCAAAGCCUUUUUCGAGAAACGGCAGCCGAAGUUCAAAGCAACUUUGGAGAAUGAUGCGCCACCGAGUUUCCCUUGGUGGUCGGAAAUUGAUUUUGGGCGAAAGCCGAAGGCAAGCAAGCCCAAGCUAUAA